GUUUUAUGCUAUAAGGUUUCAGUCUAAAUACUUUGAGGAAUCCCGUAUGCUCGGCUGUGUGUCUGGUCAACUACGAGAAGACAUACUCAUGCACACUGGCCGUCAGUUAGUGAGAGAACUGGAAUUUCUGAAGCAACUACCAAGUUCCUUACUGGUACAAAUUGCUUUUAAACUGCGAGUUGUCAUAUACAUCGCUGGUGAUAUUAUAUUCAAGAUCAAUACCGUGGGCGAUUGCAUCUACUUCAUCGACAGAGGAACAGUAGCCAUUUACUCAGACUCUGGCAAGGAGAUCUGCCAUUUAGAAGACGGUGAUUUCUUUGGAGAAAUAGCUUUGGUAAUGAAACACCAUUUUAGAACGGCAUCAGCCAUAGCAGUAACCAAUUGUGAGUUAUUUAGAUUAGAUAGGGAACAUUUUGAGACAACUAUAGCGUAUUAUCCGACUGUGUAUAAUAGUAUAAAAGAGGUUGCGACUAGUCGGUUUGAGAGAACCUGUGUGUUGGAUGAGCAUCACAAAGCUGAACUGAGGACGGCUGAACAGGAUUAA